AUGAGGCACUAUAAAAGUUUAAGCCAACAACCUGUCCCUCAAACAACACCACCAUCAUCAUCCCCAACACCAGUUGUGUCAAAAGAGAAACCCAUGCAGCAAACACAGAUCGCUGCAUUCAUGCCUUAUGACAAACAGUCUAAACGUCAUAAAGACAUUACAAAGGCUGUAACAAACUUCUUGGCUAAGGACAUGAUGCCGUUUACCACGGUGGAAAACGUGGGCUUCAGGAAAAUGAUUUCAAUCAUCGACCCAAGAUACGAGCUCCCUGGGCGAAAAUAUUUUUCACGCGCAGCUAUCCCUGCACUUUAUGGUGAAGUUAGGGAAAGGGUGGAGGAACAACUGAAGUCAGUGUCAUAUUUCACGACCACAGCUGACCUGUGGUCAAGCCGAACCUCAGAACCAUACUUGAGCCUGACAGUCCACUUUAUUGAUCAAGAUUGGAAGCUUGUCAGCUUAUGCCUUCAGACGGUCUACUUCCCUGAGGAUCACACGGGCGAAUCAAUUGCAGCCGGACUUGCAGAUGCGCUCGCCUCCUGGGGACUCCGCGAGGACCGGCAGGUCUGCAUCACCACAGAUAGCGGGACCAAUAUCAUCAAAGCCGCUGAGUUGAACAGAUGGACAAGACUACAAUGCUUCGGGCAUCGACUGAACUCUGCUAUUGAGAAAGUUAACCAAGACAAGCGGGUGGACAGAGCAAUUGGGGUCUGUAAAAAGGUGGUGGCUGCCUUUUCCUACUCCUGGAAGAAGAAACGGGACCUUGCAGCUGCUCAGGAGGAGUAUCACUUGCCAAAGCACAAGCUCAUCAGUGAAACACCAACAAGAUGGGGCUCCCGUCAACAAAUGGUGAAGCGGGUUCUGGAGCAGAAAAGGGCCAUCACAGAAGUCCUCUCAAAGGACAAGAAGACCAGACCGUUGGUUCCUAACUGGCAAGAUGUGGAUGUUUUAGAGUCUAUAGAUGCAGCUCUAAGCCCACUCCUCGAAUUCACUGAUGCCUUGUCUGGUGAAUCCUAUGUCAGUGUAUCAUUUCUAAAACCAGUGAUGCAUCUCUUCAACACCUCCAUCUUGAAGGAAGCAGAGGAUGACACAGAGCUCACCAGGACCAUAAAGACAACAGUGAUGGGAUACCUUAACCAAAAAUAUGAUGACCCAGCCAUGGAUAAUCUACUUGACAUGGCAUGCCUCGUUGACCCAAGAUUCAAGCUUCAGUACACUCAGGAGGAGAAGAGAGAAUACAUCAAAGAGAGAGCUGUGUUGGAGAUGCUGAAGGGAGAGAGAUAUGUUGUGGUCAGGGAAGAGGAGUCCAGAGAAGAAGCCAUGAGAGACACUUUUGUACCACCCAAGAAAACAAAGCGUUCUCUGGCUAGCUUUUUUUCAAACAGGCCCACCACUACUACUGACACAGAAAACUUGAGUGCACAGCAGGCAGUUGAGAGGGAGCUCGGCAACUACCUUCUGUCUCCACAUGCUGACAAUGACUCAAAUCCUCUGGAUUGGUGGAAGGUUUAUCAAAACAACUUCCCUAGAGUAAGUCAACUGGCACAACAUUACUUGUGCAUUCAGGCCACAAGCUCCCCCUCUGAGAGGGUUUUUAGUACAGGUGGCAACAUUGUCACAUGUAAAAGGGCAUCUCUGAAGCCAGAUAAUGUAGACCAGCUUGUAUUUCUUGCCAGAAACCUCUAG